AUGGGAAUCUCUACACUGUACAAACGCCUCUCCAACCCAGACAUGUUUGACCUUGAGCAGAUCGUUGAGGCGUCCUUGAGGCCCUUGCCAACUGAGACUGGCGAUGGAACCUACAUCAAGGAAGAAAAAUCUACUGGCAUUAUCAAAGACAUCCCUCACCUCCCCAUCAAGGAUCUCGAGGGCUUGGCGGUGACGGCGAAAAGCGCAAUCACCGGUGAUGAUGUCAAUGACAGGGAGUAUAUCAUGGAACAAGUGAUCGAGGUUGCGGCAGACUUGCCUUCAACUUCACACAUUGGAAAAGAACUUACGAACACUUUCCUCAAAACUCUAUGGACUGAUCUGCAACACCCUCCUAUUACCUCCCUUGGGCGUGAUGCCUUGUACCGGAAGGCGGAUGGAUCAGGAAAUAAUCUUCUCUGGCCUCAGAUUGGCGCCGCUGGGACUCCCUAUGCCCGAUCGGUCCAACCAAAGAAAAUGCGGUCUGCUUCACUUCCAGAUCCGGAGCAGCUUUUCGAUAGUUUGCUAGCGCGGAAAGAGUUCAAGGAGCACCCCGCCAAGAUUUCUAGCAUUCUCUUCUAUCUGGCAUCCAUUAUUAUUCAUGAUCUCUUCCAAACCAAUCCUCGUGAUGCAAGUUCGUCUUUGACAUCCUCAUAUUUGGACCUGCAGCCUCUCUACGGCAACAACCAGGACGAGCAGAAUGCGGUGCGAACAUUUGAAGAUGGAAAACUCAAGCCCGACUGCUUCUCUUCAAAGCGUAUUCUUGGCUUCCCUCCCGGUGUCGGUGUCAUGCUGAUCAUGUUCAACCGCUUCCACAAUUUCGUCGUCACACAGCUGGCGGAGAUCAAUGAAGGCGGCCGAUUUACCAAACCAGAUAAGUCCAACACCACAGCCUAUGCCACCUGGGACAAUGAUCUCUUCCAGACCGCCCGUCUGGUUACUUGUGGUCUCUACAUCAACAUCGUAUUGAAGGACUACGUCCGGACCAUUCUCAACUUAAAUCGAACUGAUAGCAAAUGGAGUUUGGAUCCUCGAGCUGAAAUCAAGUCGGCCACCGAGGCCACUGGUAACCAGGCCUCGGCGGAGUUCAACCUGGUCUACCGAUGGCACUCCUGCAUCUCGCAGCGCGAUCAGAAGUGGUCUGAGGAUCUCUAUAAAGAGGUGUUUGCAGGCAAAGAUCCGCACACAGUGAACAUGCAGCAGUUUGGCUGUGGCUUGGGACGGUGGGAGGCAAAACUUUCCGAGGACCCUCUCGAACGACCAUUUGCGAACCUGAACCGCAACGCAGAUGGAACCCUCCCUGACGAUGACCUCGUCAAGAUCUUUGAAGACAGCGUAGAAGACGUUGCUGGUGCCUUUGGAGCUUCCAAUGUGCCGGAAAUUCUCCGCAGCGUUGAGGUCCUUGGCAUUAAGCAGGCACGUAACUGGAACCUGGCCACCUUGAACGAGUUCCGAUCAUUCUUCAGCUUGGACCCAUACAAGACUUUCGAGGAAAUCAACUCAGAUCCAUAUAUUGUUGACCAGCUCAAACACUUCUAUGACCACCCCGACCAAGUGGAACUCUACCCAGGUAUCAUUGUGGAGGAUGCGAAAAAGGCAAUGGCCCCGGGCAGUGGCCUCUGCACCAACUUUACCAUUUCGAGAGCAGUCCUCUCGGAUGCGGUUGCUCUUGUCCGUGGUGACCGCUUCUACACUGUUGACUAUACUCCCAACAAUCUUACAAACUGGGCCUACAACGAGGUCGAUUACGACAACUCGGUAGAUCAAGGCCAUGUCUUCUACAAGCUUGUUCUGCGCGCGUUCCCCAACCACUUCCGUGGAGACUCAAUCUACGCGCACUUCCCCAUGACAAUUCCCGAAGAGAACAGAAAAAUCUUUGCCAAUCUCGGAAUGGCUGGCAUGUACAGCUUCGAUAAGGCCACUUACAGCCCCGCCCCCAAGCUGAUCAACUCCCAUGCUGCCAACAAGGCUAUUCUUGCGGACCAGGAAGCUUUCAAAGUGACUUGGGGAAAGAAGAUCGAGUUCCUCGUACAACGUGAUGGUCAUCCCUAUGGACGAAACUUCAUGCUGUCUGGUGAUCUCCCGGCAAAUGCAGCAUCUCGAAAGAUGAUGGGCAAGGCUCUUUAUCGGGAGAAGUGGAGAGAAGAGGUCCAGGCGUUCUAUGAAGAUAUUACCUUGCAACUUUUGAAGACGAAAUCAUACAAAGUCGCUGGUGUCAGCCAGAUUGACAUCGCUCGAGAUGUCUCCAAUCUGGCUCAUGUUCAUUUCUGUGCCAGCAUCUUCUCUCUCCCGCUCAAGACAGAGUCCAACCCCAGAGGUAUUUUCACUGAGGUUGAGCUCCACCAGAUCAUGACUUUGAUCUUCACCUGCAUAUUCUAUGAUGUUGAUGUCUCCAAGUCUUUCCAGCUUGAGCAAGCAUCCCGUCAGGUCUCCCAGCAGCUUGGCGAGCUGGUCAUGGCCAACGUUGAGGUUGUUGACAAAGCUGGAAUCGUCGCCCAAAUAGUCAGCCAUCUUCACCGUCAUGAUGCCUUGAGUGACUAUGGCGAGCAUAUGAUCAAGCGUCUACUGGAUAGUGGACUGCCUGCCAAGGAAGUUGUGUGGACACAUAUCCUUCCGUCGGCAAGCUCGAUGGUCGCCAACCAAGCGCAGCUGUUUGUUCAGUGUCUUGACUUCUAUCUUGAGAAAGAGAACGCGGCUCAUCUGGCGGAGAUCCAGCGUCUGUCGAAGGAGACUUCGCCAGAGUCUGACGAGCUGCUUCUACGAUACUUCAUGGAGGGUGCCAGAAUUCGCUCAUCCGUUGCAGUGCCCCGUGAGGUCGCAAAGCCUACAGUCAUCGAUGACAACGGAGAGAAGUUGACUUUAAAGACUGGCCAGCAGAUUCUCUGUAAUCUGGUUGCCGCCAGCCACGACCCCGUGGCCUUCCCCGACCCCGAACAGGUCCGCCUGGACCGUGACCUAAGCGAGUACAUAUUCUUUGGACAUGGCCCUCACCAGUGCCUCGGCCUUGAUAUUUUUAAGGUCGCACUACCGACCAUGCUCCGAAUAGUCGGUAAACUGGAGAACCUCCGCCGCACCCCUGGACCCCAAGGUCAACUCAAGAAGCUCAAGGUGAUUGGCGGCAUCACCAUGUACAUGGAUGCUGAGCACAGUAGCUUAUCGCCGUAUCCCGCAACAAUGAAGAUUCAAUGGGACGGAGAUAUUCCCAAGGUGACUCCCAAAGCGGAAGCCAACUGA